CAAAUUUUUCAAUAAAAAUGUCCGACAAAGACGACGAUGAGCCCAAACUUGAACCAACCAAAUCGCCAGUUUCUGCAAGAAGGGCCAAAAAACUUCUUUAUUUGUCUGAAUAUUUAUCGAAACAAGAAUCUCGCACAAAUUGCAAAAAGGUAUCAAAAAUUUUAAAGAAAUCAGCACAUGAACAUACAGAAGAUGAGAAGGCAACACUUGCCAAGCACCAAGAUAUCGUGAAGAGAAUCUCCAAGAACAAAGAGAAAAGGGAAUUGAAUCAACAGAGGGUGUUAGAGACAGAAGAUGGUGAAGAAGUGUUGCAGACCAAAUGUGAGAAGUUGGCAAAAAUCAUUCAGCAAUCCAAGAAAACUGUGAUAUAUACUGGAGCUGGCAUAAGUACUGCUGCUUCAAUACCAGAUUAUAGGGGACCACAAGGAGUGUGGACACUUCUUCAAAAAGGGGAACAACUCAAACCUCAGGAUUUAAGUGAUGCAGAACCAACUCUUACACAUAUGUGUAUAACACAGCUACACAAGCUUGGUCAUGUGAAGCAUGUAGUAUCCCAGAACUGUGACGGCUUACAUUUAAGAAGUGGUCUACCCAGGCAGGUGCUCUCUGAAGUCCAUGGAAACAUGUUUAUAGAGAUUUGUCACAACUGCAGACCUCACAGAGAGUAUGUUAGGCUUUUUGAUGUGACAGAGAACACAGGUGUCAGACGUCACUUGACAGGGCGUCACUGCCAGAGAUGUGGUGGCAAACUGAAGGACACUAUUGUGCACUUUGGAGAGAAAGGAGGCAUGAAAUCUCCAUACCGCUGGAAGGAAGCAGUGAGAGCUGCAAACAAAUGUGAUCUUAUUCUGUGUCUCGGAUCAAGCCUCAAGAUUUUGAAGAAAUAUGCAUGUCUGUGGUGUAUGGACAGAGUUAAACAUAAAAGACCAAAACUUGCCAUAGUGAACCUACAGUGGACCCCAAAAGAUGAGUCUGCAACUUUGAAAAUAAAUGGAAGAUGUGAUGAUGUGUUGGAAAGAGUGAUGAAGAUCUUGAAGUAUGACGUUCCUGAAUAUUCAAGGAAAGAAGAUCCAAUUUUUUCCUUGGCUACAUGUUUAGCUGAGGAGGAGGAAGAGACGACAAACAAAAAAGUUCUACAGAUACCUGAUAUUUUACCUAGACUUCGAUCACACGGAAUCUCAAGAACACCAACACCCAGUGAUUCUUCUGACAGCCAGUCCUCCCUCACUUCGUCCACAGACAGCUGUGAUACACCUGAAGAUCUGACUUGUGUGAAUACUGCUAGACCAAGAUCAAUUAGAAAUUUCAAUUUCAAAAAUUUCAGAUUCGAUCCUGACCCUGAUACAAAGGUUGAAACUAUAAAUUCGGAGGAAAUGUGUUUUUCUAAGUCAGAAAGAAUUUGUAAUGAAGCCAAAAUUGCUAUGCAAGAGAGACUAGUUAAUGCAAAAAUAAAUGAAAUGUAUGGUGUGUGUUCAAAUAUGCAAGGUGAAAAUUCAAACAAUAAAACCUUUGGAUUAAAUGGGAUGGUAAUGAUUGGGAAUCACCAGUCAGAUGGUUUUGUAGAACAGCAACCUAAAGUACAGUAUGACCCUCUUAGAGGUGGCCCAUUUGAUCCAGGCCCAGCCUCGCAUGAGGAGAAGUUGAAAUAUCUCCAGAUGUUGCAGGUGCAGUUAGAGGAACUGAAAAUGAAACAAAAGGUGCUGAAAGAGCAAGAACAGCAACACUUGAAGAAACAGCGACAACCUCAACAGAAACAAGACGUUGUUAAACAGGUUAGUCAAGUGGGAAAGUUGGAGAAUACUCUGCUGAAACAAGAGCCUGAUAAACCUAGGGCUGUAAAACAAGACAAAAACAAAACCACUCUUUUAAAAACACAAGACAUAGAAAAAGAGAAAAUAAAAGCAGAAGUGCAGAAAUCAAAUUUAAAACAUUUUUCUGCUGAAAAAACUAGUCCACAUCAACAAAGUUCACAGCAUACAGACCAGGUAAACAUUGACUUCAAUUCUGCAAAUAAGGCAGUUACUAAGAAUCCUCGGAUUAUUGCAAUGGAACAGAAACUUACACAAAAUACAGCUGAACAAAAGAAGCUAAAGAAAACCUUAUCAGCAAUGUUGACAGAUCAACAGAAAGCAGAGGAGCAAACGAGAGUUCAGCACCAAAAUGAGCAGCUUAGGCUUCACCAGCACUUUCUCAUUCAAGAGCAGCUGAGACAACAGACAAAAGAGAGUAAGAGUAAGAAAGAAGAAAUCCUGAAACUUUUUGUAUUUCAACAGCAAUCUUUGCUAGCUCAACAGAAUUUACAGCUGCAGUGUUUGAGACAGACUUACACGACGGAGGUGCAAAAGUUUCAGACAGUUUUGAAUGAUCUUAAAACUGCGCAAGAUGAAACUGUGAAGAAACUGAAGGCUUUGAAAAGUGAAUUGAGAAAUAAAGAAAUGCCAUCUGUGAUUAAAAACCCUAUUGCAACUAAUACUGCUGGUAGUUCACUUUUGCAAACCAAAGAUACAGUGAAGCUUGUGACACAGGUAGGUGAAAGUCCUAUGGUUUCUCCGAAAUUAAAAAGUCCGAAAAAGGACCACAGUAUUGCAUCUAUUCUGGAAGGAAACACUGACCAUAUAUCUCCAAAUAAAAGUAAUGUAACUUCUGAUACAGGCACUGCAGGAAAUGUACAGGAUCAGUCAAAGACUUGUGAAUCAUGUAAAUUCUUGAAUGAUUAUGGAAUGCGUAAGAAAUGGUGUACAAAAUGUGAUGAACUGAAGUGUUAUCAGGGUGCCGCUUCUAGUAAGCAAAGUCUUGCCAAUCCUAAAUAUAGGGUAGACUCUACAUUCCUUGAACAUGUGAGUGUGCCAAAAUUACAAAAUACUCCAAAUGAUGUUUCUAGUACAUUGGAAAAUCCAAAUGAACAAGACUUUCCUAUUUAUAAUUAUGUUUUAGAUUUAGAAAUUCCUGAAGUAUAUGAGCCAAAAUCUGAAGGUGUGGUCUCCUCAGAUGGUGGUAAAAUUGAACAUACUGACCAUGACUACCUCAUAUCAAAGAACAACUCUGAACAAAAAGUUAAAGAUAAUUCAGGUAUAACUGUAUGUGUUAACAGUGAAAAACAUAAAUCCAUUGAUCAUCCAAAAGGACAAGCUGUCCCAAUUUCUGUAUCUACCUCAAAUGCAAUUGUUACUGUAUCUGAAAACUGUAAUCCUAAUUUAGUGUCUCCAAUAAUACCACAUGCAAGUGAAAACUUUUCUGUCAAAGUUUCUGACACUAGCAAGAGAUUGAGACAUGUUGCAGCUGAUUCAGAAAAGAAUGUUACCUAUAAAACUGAUAAAAGAAAUAGUGUUUCAUCCAGUAAAAUUCCUGAAAGAGUGACAUUUAGUUUGGGUGACAACAUUAAAGAUGUUAGUGAUAGGGGCAUGUCUGAAGAAAUUGAUAGAAAUAGUGAAAGUAAAGUAAAGCCAAGCUGUGCAGUCAAGCAUGUAAGAUCUCACUCCCAGUCUGAAAUAUAUGACAAAAAGCAGGACGAAGAAACGCUAAAACCAUCUGGUGUAAGACAUACUCGUUGUUGGUCUCAUAGUGAAAUCAGUGCAGCCGAAGAAGGCAGUGGAGUUGAUAAUGAAGACAGUAAUGAUGUAGCUAGUGGUGCAUCAGAAGAAAAAGAAGAAUCAGAAAAUAGUGUUAAAGGGGGAAAGAAACGAAAGCUUGCAAGAUGCUUGUCUGUACCUGGGUGGUUUGGUAAAGGUUUAAAUAUAAAAAAGCGAAGGAAAUACUAAUGUGUUUUUAUUUUUUAGAUGUACUGUCAAUAUAAAGAUACUUGUUAGGAAAACAGUAUGUGAUAAAGGCAUGAUUGUUUUAAUAAUGAAAUGAGACAUGAGUUUAUAUGUUAAUAAUUUCCAGUUUUCCAUAAUAGAUAGAUUUUAGAGGAGUUGAGAUUUCAUUAUAUGCAGUUUUAUAAUAUGUGUAAGAACUGUGUCAGAAUAAAGUUGAGAGUGUCUAUACAAACAGUCAGUAACAUAUCCUUGUAGGUAUAAAUAAAGGACUUCGAGUCAGUUGAUUUUCCAGACAUAAGUUUACGAGUUAUUACAAUUAUUGAAAUACUCAGAAUCCAUACAAGAAGUGUAGAAAUAAUAAUGUAAGUGUAAUACACACUAGUUCUUUAUUUUAACAACUUAAUGCAACAUGUCUAGAGCCUUUUAAACACAUCAUGUCACAUCUCUGUGCUGAUAUACCAGUAAAACAACCUUGUUAUGAUGGUUAAAAACUAUUGCAUUAACAUAUUGAACCUGAGGAAAAGUAUAGCUCACUCAUAAUGAAACUGUAUUACGAAAUAGAAAUGUUCAUAACAGGAAGAUAUAACUGAUGUGUGUACAUUAAGAUAAAGGUAUUAAACAUUUUCAUAUGAGCCGUGCCAUGGGAAAACCAACAUAGUGGGUGU